GGAGUGGAAAGACGGAGGUCCGUGACUCUGGGGUCUGGGAAGCAGGAAAACGAGGGGCGGCACCGUGUUCCUUUGAAAGGGAGAACACAUUUCCCCACUGUCUAUCCAAUCUAGAUUCCUCUUCCCCUGUUAUCAAGGAUGCGGCAAGCGUAUCCCAGGACCGCGCUACGGCCCCGCCUCUUCUUGAGGACGGGCACGUGAUGCCGGAAGUGGGUGGGGGUAAUAUGGUGGCGUUUCCGGCAGGCCCCGGCUGCUGAAAGCCGGGGCAGGGGAGUUGGUCCGGGUCCGGGUUCCUGUCCCGGUCCCGCCGAGGCGGCGACUGCGAUAGGAGGAAGGACGUGUUGGACGCGCUGGCCCACCGCCACUAUACAUUGCAGCCUUAUCUCAACUCAAAAUGAACUAUAUGCCCGGCACCGCCAGCCUCAUCGAGGACAUCGACAAAAAGCACUUGGUCCUGCUUCGAGAUGGAAGGACGCUUAUAGGCUUUUUAAGAAGCAUUGAUCAAUUUGCUAACUUAGUGCUACAUCAGACUGUGGAGCGUAUUCAUGUGGGCAAAAAAUACGGUGAUAUUCCUCGAGGGAUUUUUGUGGUCAGAGGAGAAAAUGUGGUCCUACUAGGAGAAAUAGCGGGAAGGGGAAAGAAUGGCUGCAGAAGAAGCCUUUCUGUUAACUUUCCGAGGAUGGGCUCAACUUCACUUGGAUCCUUAGCUCCCAGCCAAGGCGGAGAGGUACCUGUUAUGUGUGUCAGGAAAGCCAGCUGGCAGGACUUAGAAAAGGAGAGUGACACACCCCUCCAGCAAGUGUCUAUUGAAGAAAUCCUAGAAGAACAGAGGGCAGAGCAGCAGACCAAGCUGGAGGCUGAGAAGCUGAAAGUCCAGGCCCUGCAGGACCGAGGCCUGUCCAUCCCUCGAGCAGAUACUCUUGAUGAGUAUUAAGUCUUCUGCUCAGAGGCUGCAGCUCUUGGGGAGCAGGAGCUGUCACCAAACCAAGUGACACAUUUGACGAGAGACUGCAGAGCUUUGAAAAGUCAUUUUUAUUUGGAAUUCUUUCACAUAUGCAACAUGAAGAAAUCAUGCGUUUUGUUUCAUUUUUUUUAAUAACAAAAUCAUCAUUUAAAGAAACAGUGGCAUGGACUCCUUUCACACGUCACUGUGGAGCCAGCAACUACUUCUUUAUAUUGCUCUUCUCACCCCAAAUUAGUGGUUACAGGGAAUAUUCUUCAUUUGCUUGUAAAUAAAAUAUGAAUCUCAAAA